AGAAGGUGAUGACUAGUAAAGAGGGCGGUAAUAGCAAUUGAGCAUUGCAAAACGCUAAUGGACAAAAGUCUCAAACAUGUGGAUUCAUUUUCUGACUUUCCGUUGUUUCCUUUUGACUGUUCGAAAACACAGUAGAACGCAAAACACAUUUUAACACAUUACAGUCACAAAAAUUCACACUAGCUCAUCAAAUCAAUCCUCGACUCGAAGUUUUAAACGCAUUUUUCACGAACACUUGAAUCCAUCAGACCUCCAUCGCCGAGGAUCUUCUUGCUCGGAAAACCGAUCGCCAUGGUCGGAAAAUUACUGUCAGUACUUUUGAUUUCCUUCCUCUCGUGCGCCGUUCUGUGCGCCUCCUUCUCCGAGGAAAACCCAACCGAUCGCAGGGUUUUGGUCCUGCUCGACGACCUCGCGAUCAAAUCGUCGCACUCCAUCUUCUUCGAUUCGCUCAGAGGGCGAGGGUACGACCUAAAUUUCAAGCUCGCGGACGAUCCCAAGCUCGCAUUGAAGAGAUACGGACAGUAUCUGUACGACGCCGUCAUCGUCUUCUCCCCUAAUGUCGAACGGUUCGGUGGGUCUGUUGAUGCUGCGUCGUUGUUAGAAUUUGUUGAUUCUGGCCGUGAUAUGAUUCUUGCUGCUGAUAAGUCGGCAUCUGAAUUGAUUCGGGAGAUUGCUGUUGAGUGUGGGGUUGACUUUGAUGAGGAUCCAGCAUCUAUGGUAAUUGAUCACACGAGCUAUGCAGUUUCGGAGUCGGAUGGGGAUCAUACCUUGCUCGCCAGUGAUGAUUUCAUUCAGUCCGAGGUUAUUUUGGGCAGAAAGAAAAUAGAGGCUCCCGUGCUUUUUAGGGGCAUUGGCCAUUCAAUAAAUCCUGCAAACAACCUGGUGCUAAAAGUUCUAUCUGCUUCUUCCGCUGCUUACUCAGCCAAUCCAAAAUCUAUGUUAUCAAGUGCUCCCACUUUGACUGGGUCAGGGAUCUCAUUAGUUUCAAUUGUUCAGGCAAGAAACAAUGCUCGGAUUCUAAUAUCUGGCUCGCUGAGCAUGUUCAGCAACAGGUUCUUCCGGUCUGGAGUACAGAAAGCUGGAACUGCAAGCAAACACGAGAAAAGUGGGAAUGAACAAUUUUUGACCGAACUUAGCAAAUGGGUUUUCCACGAAAGAGGUCACCUCAAGGCUGUGAAUGUAAAACAUCACAAAGCUGGUCUAAAAGAUGAACCCUCAAUGUAUAGGAUCAAAGAUGACCUGGAAUACUCUGUUGAAGUAUACGAGUGGUCUGGUAAGAGUUGGGAACCGUACGUGGCUGAUGAUCUGCAAGGCCUUUAUUAUACGUCUUUCAAGGUUCCAGAUGUCUAUGGUGUUUUCCAGUUCAAGGUUGAGUAUCAGAGACUUGGGUAUACAAGCUUAAGUCUAGCAAAGCAGAUUCCAGUUCGACCUUUCAGACAUAAUGAGUACGAAAGAUUUAUAACUGCUGCUUAUCCAUAUUAUGGAGCAUCAUUCUCAAUGAGCUUAGCUGAUUCUGAAUCAAUCCGAGCAUUUUAUUUUCUUGCAGUUAAACAGUUCAAUUGCUCAAACUAUGGCUGGGUUCUUUGUCUUCACGGUGGUGUAUCUGUACACGAAGUAGCUGAAAAUUCGCCGGACACCUAUGACUGAGCGCCUGGUUUUGGUAAUACGACUAGGGAAUACCUUUACUGAAAACCUAUAACCUAAAGCAGCUAGGCCCAAAAAUUUCGAGAAACACUUUUUUUCUUCUUCCAAAUAAACUAGGAAAAUAGAAAAAAGAAACUUAACUUAUUCUGCAGACUCUUAUUCUUGCUUAAUUGAUGAGGCGAGUACAAUCGAUGAGACUUUGGACGAACUCUGUGUAGACUAUAUGUACCUUCAUUUUCAAAAUCCAAUGCAUUUGAUAUUGUUGGAAGGUAUAAAAAAAGUGAGUUUUGUUUGAAAAGGGUUUGAACAUAAAUAUCAGUCCUUAUUAGCAAACCCUAGGGCAGUUAAUGCAUUUCAUCUCGUGAAUCUGAUUAUUAUUAUUAUUAUUAUU